AGCCCGGUGCCAGAGAGUAAGCGACGCCUCGAAGCAGACGGAUGACACUCGGAGAAAAUGCAGGUUGAGGACGCCAGGUAUUUGAAAAAAAAGGUAAAGGUUGGUUCGCUAGAUGUUCACCCGACAGAGAAAGCGCUUGUGGUCAACUAUGAGCUGGAGGCCACCAUCCUGGGCCAGCUGGGAGAUGCCAUGCUGGGCGACAGAAAGGAGUGCCAAAAGAUCAUUCGCUUGAAGAGCCUUGACGACAACACAGACAUUGCUGCGCUGGCCCGGGAGGUGGUGGACAAGUGCAAGCUGAUCCAUCCCUCGAAGCUGAGUGAGGUGCAGCACCUCAUCUCCUACCUUCUCACCAGGAAGGAGAAUGUCAAAGACAGCCACAUCUCUCUGGACAACUCCUCCCCGGAAGGCACGACAGAACAGGCCAACCUCAAUGAGCUGGAGUCCUAUAUGGAAAUGCUGUACGAGGAGAUGCCCGAGAAGGUGCGAGGGGCGUCGCUCAUCCUGCAGCUAGCCAGGAACCCCGACUACUUGGAGGAGCUGUGCCAGAACGAGACUGUUCUUGGUGCACUGGCCAGGGUGCUGCGUGAAGAUUGGAAAAAAAGCUUGGAUCUGAGUUACAACAUAGUGUACACAUUCUUUUGUUUCUCAGUCUUCUCAAACUUCCACACUGUUAUUUCCCACUUCAAGAUCGGGUCCCUUUGCAUGGAUAUCAUAGAUGGUGAACUCCAGCGCACAGACCAGUACCGCGAUCAGCUGACCAAGCGCAAGAAGGGUGCUGACGGCAUGGCAGAUCCUGCCAAGCUGCAACAGGACUAUGAGCGUAACCUGAAGAAGUACCAGGCAGUUGUGGCGAAGCAGGACCAGGUACUGCGAGUGUGUACAUACCUCUUGCUCAACAUUGCUGAGGACGUACGGGUAGAGGAGAAGAUGCGCAGGAAGAACAUUGUUGGCCUGCUGGUGCGCAUGCUGGAACGGGAGUCCACAGACCUCCUCCUCCUAGUCGUGUCCUUCCUCAAGAAACUGUCUGUGUAUAUGGAGAAUAAGGAUGAUAUGGGUGAUUUAAACAUCGUGGAAAAAGUGAGUCGCCUCAUUGGUACUGACAACAGUGACCUCCUCAAUGUCACUGUGCGACUCCUCCUCAACCUCUCCUUCGAUGCCAACCUCAGGACCAAGAUGAUCAAAGUCGGCCUUCUCCCCAAGCUUGUGUCCCUCAUAGGUGAGGAAAGACACCAGCAAGCAGUAUUGGCAGUUCUUUAUCAUCUGAGUGUUGAUGACAAGUGCAAGUCCAUGUUUACCUACACUGACUGCAUUCCGACAGUGAUGAAAUUGGUGCUGAGUUCCCCGGGCCCUCAAGUCCCGCUGGAGUUGAUGGCCCUGGCUGUCAACCUGGCGGCCAACAAACGGAACGCACAGCUCAUCUGCGAAGGGGCUGGGUUGAAGCUGCUCAUGAAGAGAGCCCUGAAGUACCGCGACCCACUGCUGACUAAGAUGAUUCGCAACAUUGCCCAACAUGAAGGACCCACCAGGGAGCUCUUUAUGGACUUUGUCAGUGAGCUCUGCGAAGUUGUGAGCAGUGGGGGAAGCGACGAGUUUACCCUCGAGUGUGUGGGCGUUUUGGGUAACCUCUCUCUGCCAGAUUUGGACUAUUGCCAGCUGCUCACCAAAUAUCAGCUGAUUGAUUGGAUUAAGAAUAGUCUCCAACCUGAUGCUGUGGAGGAUGACCUUGCGCUGGAGGUGGUGGUCCUGCUUGGAACCGUGGCCGGGGACCAGGCAGCUGCGGAGCUCAUAGUGGAAACGGGCAUACUCCAGGCACUCGUCAACCUGCUCAAUGCUAAACAAGAGGACGAUGAAGUCGUACUCCAGAUAGUGUAUGUGUUUUACCAACUCACGCGCCAUGAGAGUACGCGGCCACAAGUCAUUUCCACAACUGAGGUUCCAGCUUACCUCAUCGACCUCAUGCACGACAAGAACACAGAAAUCCGAAGGGUGUGCGACACAACGCUAGAUAUAAUAGCUGAAAAUGAUGAGGACUGGGCCACGAGGAUCCAGUGCCACAAAUUCCGCUGGUACAACAGUCAGUGGCUGGACAUGGUAGAGGAGGCGGAGAAUAUCGACACGAUGGGAGGGGAGGAAAUGGCUGGGGGAGAAGGUCUUGGCCACUCCUUCCUCCACCACUCGGAUGUGUUAGACCACCAGGGAAUGUACUCAGAUGGCCUCUCCUCUCCUGAGAGUGAAGACUACCCAGGCAUGAACGGGCAUGGGGAAGGCUCGCGCCCUUCCUCCAACUACACAAACAGGUGGUUAGACAAUGAAAAGCUGCAUGACAGCACAAGUUUCCCAGUAAGUCAUCUCUAUAGCUUUUAUCCAGGCAGGUUACGAGCCCAGUAUUUUGAACAGGAAAUACAAGAACUGGCAAGGUAACGGCUUCUAGAUAAAGCUUAGACCCUUGGAAUAAUCAUAUGUCCUAAUUAUUGUCUUUUUUUUCAAUAUCACAACUAAAUGUGAGGCAUAUAACAGCUGUUUUCAUAGAUCCAUUAUCCAAUGCAAAUUUGAGAAUGACUUCUUUUUUUUUUUAUUAGUGUGUCAUUAAGACCUGAAGCAACCUUGAAUCUUAUGAUUUAACAUGCUUUUAGCAUUUCCAUAGAUGAUAGAAAAGAAAAAAUGUUCAUUUGCAUGUUUACCUAUGAGCUUGCAACCUUAUUCUUAUAUUUUUUUGUGAAUCAAAUUAUUACUUGUAGAAUCAUGCUUGGUGUUAUUAUUAUUAUUUUUUUAAAGAAAAUACCCUUUUAUAUAGGGAAGUUUUUAAAAAAAGGUCUGUAAAUACUAGCCUCUCUACCUUUUUCCUUCUGUCCCCGCUUUGUCUUGUUUGUCCGUGCACAAGACGUAAAAUGUCCUUUUAAAGGCUUGACAAGGAUGCUAAUGUAUGAGAGAAGUAUAAUAGAUGUAUAAGGAAAGCAAAGGAACUGGUAGGUCAAGCAUUUACUUGAGUAAAUAGAGUAAGGAUGGUUGGUAGAGCAUCACAGAGGAACCUCAGCAGUUUUUAGGUGGACUGGCUGCAAGAAACCCAUCUAGAUUGUGCAACGAGAAAAAAACUGAAUGUAAUUUGUGUAAUGUUGGCCGUGUGGAACUUGGAUGUGACUGUGGUAAAUAGGUUCAAGAAGUUUGAAUUCAUACAGUGAGAGUGUGGGACUUGAAUAGUACAUUGUGUGGAUGUUUAUGUCCAGUCAUAUUGUUAUUUUAAAUGUGAUGUUUGUGUUUGGGAAUGUAAAUCUUUGGAUAGAUGGUCAUUUUGUAUGGUAGAAAUUUAUUAUGAUUCACUUCUUUUGGAUUACAUGCUAUAUAAUGGUUUGUUUUAUUAUUAAUGUGUGAAUAUUAAAAGGAAAGGUGACAGUUUUAUCUGUAUUAUAUAAUUGCAAAGGAAUUAAUAAUAAGAGGAUUACAAUGCCUUUUAAAAAAUGAAAUAGUUUUUGAAUUAGGUGCAUUUUAGAUGUCUCCAUUCAGGAUAAGAUUAUCUUAUCAAGGAAACAUAUAGAUACUGAUAGUUGUAUCUGAAUGUAGAUAGUUACUUUUUUAUUUUGAGUGUGAUUGAUAUAUGUAUAUUUCAGCAAGAGUGUAUGCUGCAGGUGUAAAUAUUUAAUUUUGAAAGAUGCUUUGUUCUUGAAAGAGCCAUUACUCUAAAAGAGACAUAUCCUAGAAGACUUGGGAGUAGAAUUUUUUCUUUUCUAGAAUACAAUAAAGACAUUCUAUGACCAGAUUCACAUGGCUGGCCAGUUGUUGCAUUUUAAUGUUUUUGUUUAUCUUAGUUUUACGUUAUUUAUUUUAUUUGCAAGUUUUAUUU